CUUUAUUGUUUAUUCAUCAGUUUCAAUCAGAAACAAAAUAAAGUAUUAUUAAUUAAAAAUGGCGGCUAAAACUGUCCUCGUUUUUUGCGUUCAAGCAUUUCUAGUUCAGAUAAUCUCUGCUCAGUAUAUUGCAGCUAAUGGUCCUUAUGGUAUCGCUCCGUACGGUGGAGCAUGCAAUGCUGCUCCAUACGCUGCCGCUGAAUUUGCAGCUGGUUGCGGUCCAGCCCCAUUCGCUGUAUCUAACGGUGGAAGUUUUGCUGUGAGAAGUGCAUCUCCCAUCGCUGUCACUGGUGUUGCCAUAACGUCUGAAAACGCAUACGAAGGUCCUCUAGCAGUGUCGGGUGCUCUUCCUUUCUUAGGAGCUGUCGCAUUAGAAGGCCCUCUAGCUACAGCUGGUGUCGGUGCCGUCACAUACGGUUGUGGUAACGGCAACGUUGCGAUAUUGAAUGAAGACAUUAGCCUAGGUUACAACGGUAUAGCUGGUCCGUAUGGACCAUAUGGAGCGGCUGAAUUAGGCUAUGGGUACGGUGCACCCCUGGCAUACGAAGCCGGUCUCGCUGGACCCGGUUACGGUUACAGAGGAUACGGUUGCGGAGGUUUAUACUAAGUUUUUAUGUUAAUUAUAAGGAAAAUAAAUUUAUCAAUUUAAA